AUGUACGAAAAACCUAAAACACCACAAUUUCGAGCAACAAAAAUGUGGAAUAAUCUUGUUCAAAAUUUUCGUGCAUCAAUUAAAUUAAAGAAGAAACGUCAUUUUUUUAAGACAUAUCAAAAUUGUUUUUCCUCAUCAGAUGCUAUAACAUGUAUGCUCAAUAUUUUACAACAACAAUCGUCGGGUAGUAAUGCUUCGUCGGUUACACGAACACAAGCUAUAACAAUUCUUCAAUCACUUUAUAAUGCCAAAAUAUUUUCUGAUAUUAAAGAUGAUUCAACUCGAAUAGAUGCAAAUGAUUCCAAACAAUUUUUAGAUAAUAAUAAAAUUUUCAAACUUUUGCCACAAGCAGAAGAAAAUCUUUUUCCAACAGUUCCAACAUUGGAUGAUAAUAAAUCUUUAAGUUUACCUUCAAAUAAUGAAACAAAAACAUCAUUUUCACCUUCAUCAGUUUUUGAACUGAUGUAUGCAUUUGCUCGACAAAAACGUCGACAAAACUCAAUUAGUUUAUUUAAACCUUAA